AUGCAAUCUCAUCACUGUUGUGUUACGGGUUGUACCGCAUCGACGCGAAAGCAGCAAAAUGUUCACAAGUACCCAUGGCUACAGGGGGUGACCUUUUUCUCCUUCCCGAACAGGAUCAGGGCAUCCACUCUUCAGAGAAGAUGGAGAGCCUGCAUGGGCACCGAACAAGUACAGUCGGAUAUGUUCAAGACAUUUUUUGCCAGAUCUACUCAAAACGCAUCACUUCACCUGGCCAUGGAUGAGAGGAAACCCACCAACGAGCUCGCAACUGUACAUGUUAUGCACAGACUUUGCCUCCAUACCCUACACAGUGCAAUAGAGUCAAACACAUCCAUUGUCAUAAAGGAGGCAGAGAAGAGCCGGAUGUGUGAGACUGGAACUCAGACAGAUCUGACAAUGUCAGACAUUCAUAACAUGAAUGAGGACCUUAAAAGUAAAAGUGAAAAACUAGAUGACAAGGAAACUCUAUUAUGGGACUUGUGUCUGGAAAAUGUUGUUAAAGAUGAUGAACAUGUAAGGUUCUAUACAGGCUUACCAUCUUGUACUGUUUUAUUGGGUAUCUAUUACCAAUCUCGUCCUGGUCCAAGUAGAAAGUUGACAAUAUAUCACGAAUAUAUUCUUUCUCUUGUUCGUCUGAGACUGGGAUUUCUAUCUGUACAUGCAUGUCUUACUAACCUUUUACACCUCUCACAUACAUUUCAUAUAUGAAUAAUUUACAAGACUACAACUGCAGAUCAAUUUAAGACAACAGUUUUGGGACAAUGAAUGAUUCAUAGAAAGAGGUUAUUUUCUGAAAAUCGUUUUUCCAUUCCAUUUCCUCAAAAAAAAUCCUAUCAAUAUAUAUCAAAUGCU